GGAGAGGGAGUGGCUACGGCGGGCCGCGAGGUGCAGCGGCAAUCCCGAGAGCAGAAAGAAAGGCCGGGAAGGCGCCGUUGGUUCUGUUCCUUUGCGCCAAACUCGUGUAGCGCUACCUCUUGUUUCUGUCCCGAGUCCCCAUUGCGGGCUCCCGCGCCAACCUUCCCUUUGAGGCUCGCAGGUGGCGUCAUCCAACCCUCGCGGAAGUGAGGGACGCGCCCCUCCUGGGCCCUGCGGACCCCGAGCCUCCAUGGGCCGGACCCGGAAGGCCAAUGUGUGCGGCAGGCUGAGUCGCCGAGCUCUGGGCUUCUACGCGCGCGACGCGGGCGUGGUGCAGAGGACGAACCUGGGCAUCCUGCGGGCGCUGGUGUGCCAGGAGAGUACUAAAUUUAAGAAUGUUUGGACAACUCAUUCCAAGUCACCUAUAGCCUAUGAGAGAGGAAGAAUAUAUUUUGACAAUUACCGGUGCUGUGUCAGCAGUGUUGCAUCAGAGCCAAGAAAACUGUAUGAAAUGCCAAAAUGUUCCAAAUCAGAAAAAAUUGAGGAUGCUUUAUUAUGGGAAUGCCCAGUGGGAGAAAUACUUCCUGACCCAUCAGACUAUAAAUCCUCACUCAUCGCACUGACUGCUCACAAUUGGCUGCUUCGUAUAUCAGCAACUACAGGGGAAAUCCUGGAGAAAAUAUACCUUGCUUCCUAUUGCAAAUUCAGGUACCUGAGCUGGGACACCCCUCAAGAGGUUAUUGCAGUGAAGUCGGCGCAGAACAAAGCCUCUGCGGCAGCUCGGCAGGCAGGCACUCAGCCGCCUGUUUUGUUGUACCUCGCAGUGUUCAGGGUUCUGCCCUUUUCACUUGUAGGAAUUCUAGAGAUCAACAAAAAGGUUUUUGAGAAUGUCACAGAUGCUACCUUGUCACAUGGAAUCCUGAUUGUGAUGUACAGCUCGGGACUAGUCAGACUUUACAGCUUCCAGGCCAUCAUCGAACAGUUCAUGCAACAGAAACUUGACUUAGGGUGUGCAUGCAGUCAGGGCGGGACUACUGGGACUGUAGGAGAGGCUCCUUUUGGCAUUCCUUGUAAUGUUAAAAUCACAGACUCGCCACCUCCACUCUUUGAAGUUUCAUCGCUGGAGAACGCAUUUCAGAUCGGAGGCCAUCCUUGGCAUUACAUCAUCACGCCUAACAAGAAGAAACAGAAAGGAGUUUUCCAUAUUUGUGCCCUAAAAGAUAAUUCCUUGGCAAAAAAUGGAAUCCAAGAAAUGGAGUGUUGCUCACUAGAAUCUGACUGGAUCUAUUUCCACCCUGAUGCUUCUGGAAGAAUUAUACAUGUUGGCCCAAAUCAAGUCAAAGUUUUGAAGCUAAGUGAGGUAGAAAAUAAUAGUUCUCAGCAUCAGAUCUCUGAAGACUUUGUCAUUUGGGCCAAUAGAGAAGACAGAAAGGAAAACUUAAUCACGGUUACAGCUUCUGGACGUGUGGUGAAAAGAAAUGUCAGCCUUCUGGAUGAUGACCCAGAACAAGAGACUUUCAAAAUCGUGGACUAUGAAGAUGAGCUGGACUUGCUUUCCGUAGUAGCUGUCACUCAAAUAGAUGCUGAAGGAAAAGCUCACCUGGAUUUCCACUGUAAUGAGUAUGGGACCUUACUCAAAAGCAUCCCACUGGUGGAGUCGUGGGAUGUGACAUAUAGCCAUGAAGUCUACUUUGACAGAGAUUUGGUGCUGCACAUCGAACAGAAGCCCAACAGGGUCUUCAGCUGCUAUGUUUACCAGAUGGUCUGUGACCCUGGUGAAGAAGAGGAAACUGUCAACAGAAAUGGUUAAGACAGUGGAAUCAUUGUAACUUGAGACACUGGUAAAACCUCAGUCAGCUGUGUCUAGUCCUCAUUAUCUGCGUGGAACAUUCUGCAGUAUUCUCCAGAACAGGUCUUGUGCUAGCUUCAAAGGACUAGGUUGAACUCUUACCACAUACGGUGCUAAGGAGUCCAUCUUAUGUAAAUGCUCUCUAGGGUGCUGUCCCAAGAGACCCAGCAUUUUGGAAAUUUUCUAUUAGGUGCUAAUGUGAAUAUAAAAUGCUAGGGAACAGAGGACAGUUAAAUCGAGGUGUCAAAGAGACAUCAUUGAUGCAGGGUUAAUUAAAAUAAUUCUUAAAGACUACUAUGAAGUUUUAAUUAGUAAGGCUAGGAGAGAGAAAUAAAAAUAUUAAAUAUAGAAGCCAGGUAUGGUGGCUUUACACACCUGUAACCUCAGUGCAUGGCAGGUCGAGCAGAAAGAUCAGGAGUCCAAAACCAGUGCUGUAUAGCCAGUUAGCUGUAUAGCACAUUCAAGGCCAGCUUGAUCUCCAUGAGACCUGGUCUAAAGAUGUCAACAAAAAGAUAAAGAAAUCCUAUAUACUCUAUACCAAAUUUUGCUUAAGGAUUAGUAGGAUUUGUAAUGUAAAAUCAUUCUUUUGAGCCAAAAAUCACCACAGCUUCUUUGUAAACAAAAAAAAAAAAAGAUAUCAAUAUCAAUUUUAGUUUUCAAAUCAUCAUUUCUUACGUGGUCUUAUUCUCAUCUCUUUAUGUUCUCACUGACUGUAGUCUGUGUGUGUAUAAAUACCAGUGCACUUGACUUUGUUUCUGAGGACGUAUUUGCAUGUUCAUGUGGAUGCAGGUGUGCACACGUGUUCAUAUUUGCAGGUGUGCCUGCACAUGUGCAUGUGCAUUUGGAGGCCAGAAGCCAACCAAUGCUGUUCUCAAGAGCCAUCUACCGUGUUUUCAGAUAGGGUCUCACUAGAGCCUUCGGCUUACUGAUAUUGCUAACCUGGUUGGCUGGUCAGGAAUGCUCCUGUCUCUCCCAGCACUGGGAUUAGAGGCAUACCAUCAGGCCUAGAUAUGUACAUGGGAGCUGGGCAUCAAACUCAGAUUUUCAUGCUUAUGUAGCAAGCACUUUACUAAUUGAGCCAUCUCCCUAGCAUAUGUGUUAUAAAAGAUUUCAGGCAAAUUUCAAAUGAAAGCUUUUCCUCAUUUGUACCCUGUUUAAUACAGCUAAAGAUGUUUGUCUUA